AAAACCUGAAAGUCAAAACAUCUUCAACCCAAAUUACACAAAAAAAAAAAAGAAAGAAAAAAAAGAAAAAAACACCAAAAUCCCAAAUGGCACAAUAUCAAAAAACCAACACAAUCUUAGUGAUCCUAGUGGUCACAAUGGCUGCCUUAUAUGGAGGCUCAAUGGCUCAAUCUUCAGGGUGCACAAGUGCUUUAGUUAGUUUGUCUCCAUGCCUAAAUUACAUUUCGGGUAACACGUCUACACCAUCAUCAGGAUGUUGCACCCAACUGGCUAGUGUGGUCCGGUCACAGCCACAGUGCCUGUGUCAAGUUCUUAAUGGCGGUGGCUCAUCUUUGGGACUUAAUAUUAAUCAAACUCAGGCUCUUGAGUUGCCUAAGGCUUGCAAUGUCCAGACACCACCAACUAGUCAAUGCAAUGCUGCUUCUCCAACUGACUCUCCAUCAGGAACAACACCUUCUUCUUCUCCAGGAUUCCCCUCGGGUACAGGCACAGAAACAAACACAGUGCCAUCAACAGAUAACGGUUCUUCAGAUGCAACUUCAAUAAGAUUCACAACCAUUCCAAUAAUAUUUUCGAUAUUUGUUGCCACAUAUGCCAUGGUGUUCUAAGUUAUUAGCAACUAUAUCGAAAAACAUUUAUGUUGUUGUUCAUGAUAUUCACUUAUCUUCCUUUGAUUCUUAUCUGUAUUUCUUUUUUAUGUCCUCUGUUUGUUUGUUUUUCUUUUUUUGUGAAUUUAUACGAGGGACAUGUUAUGUAUGAAAUUCUUUAUUUUGUAUUGUUUUGGAUGAAUAAAGUAUUUUUUUAUAUAA